AUGUCGAUAGAGAUUGAAUCUGAAGACGUCAUUCGACUCAUUUUACAAUUUCUCAAAGAAAAUCAAUAUGAUGAAACAGCAGCAACUCUUCAAACAGAGACAUCAGUCAAGAUUGAACAUAUUGAAAAUAAAGAUCAGUUUAUCAAGGAAAUAAAGCAAGGAGAAUGGGACACAGUUCUACGGCAUGUCAUGGACCUGAAGAUCCCUUCUCAGAAAAUGAUUGAUCUAUAUGAACACAUCAUACUUGAACUAGUCGAGUUACGCGAACUAGGAGCAGCACGAACACUUUUGAGGCAGACAGAGCCUAUGUUUAUAUUAAAGCAAAGAUAUCCAGAACGUUAUUUACGAUUAGAGCACACCCUAUCAAGAACAUCAUUAGAUUCUAGAGAGAUAUAUCCUCAUGGAGUCACCAAAGAGAAAAGAAGACAAAUGAUCGCCCAAGCAUUGGCAAGUGAAGUGACCAUUGCUGAACCUUCUCGCUUAAUGAAAUUACUGAAUGAUAGCAUAAAGUGGCAAAGACAACAGAGACUACUAUCUACAGACAUGCCUAUUGAUUUAUUUCAAAACCCAGAACAGACACAAGAGAUUGAAGCAGAUGCUUUCGUUAAUCAAAGUUAUGUUACAAUUAAAUUUCCUGGAAAAAAUACAUAUGCUGAAUGCACAGCCUUUUCUCCUGAUGGUCAAUACUUUGCUACAGGAUCAGUAGACGGGUUUAUCGAAAUAUGGAAUCACUUGACAGGAAAGUUGAGAAAGGACUUGCGAUAUCAAGCAGAUGAGAACCUGAUGGCUAUGGAUCAAUCCGUUAUCUGUCUAAGCUUCAGUUUAAAUAGUGAAUUGCUCGUAUCAGGAUCUACAGAUGGAAAGAUUGCUAUUUGGAGAGUUCAGAAUGGAUUUUGUCAAAGGAAAUAUACACCUGCUCACAGUCAAGGCGUUACUUCAGUCCACUUUAAUAAGGAUGCAAGUGAGAUACUGAGUUGCAGUUAUGAUCAUUCUGUAAAGAUUCACAGCGUAAAAUCUGGAAAACUGAUUCGAGAAUUUAAAGGACAUAAGGCCUUUGUCAACUCAGUCAUUUAUUUCGCAGAUUACACACGAGUCAUUAGCGCAAGCAGUGAUGGAGAAGUCAGAAUUUGGGAUAUCAGCAGCGGUGGCAGUAUCUCUUGCUUCCCUCAAGGUAAUCUUACUAUUCACGCGCUUUUAACCAUAUCAGAGGAUUCAACCCAUUUGAUCAUGGUCAACAAGAGCAAUCUAUUACAUAUACUGGAUGGCCAAGGAAAGAUCAUCAAGUCAUUUGGACACAGUCAAGCCAAAGAUUUUGUUGCAGCAACCACAUCUCAUAACGGCACCCUUAUUUAUGCUGUAUCUGAAGAAUCGACCAUGUAUUGCUUUGACGUACAUACUGAAGCACUGGUUGGCCAAGUUCAAUUAAGCGAUAAUUCAGAAAUUAUUGGCAUAAUGCAUCAUCCAUUAUCAAAUAUUAUAGCUGCCAAUAAUGACGCUGGACGUGUAUUUCUUUUUAAAAACUCUUAA